CACAUCAGAUACUCGACAGCACACCAUGGACAACUCGCACCCCGUCGUCGCUUACAUCGGCCAGGCCGCAUGGGCUUUCGUCCAGCCUCACUUCAGCUCCCAGGCCAAGGACCUCCUCACCAACCUCAUCUCGUUCGUCGAGGACGAGUGCAUGCCCGCCGAGAAGGUCUUCCACGACCAGAUCUCGACCGACCCCAAGCUGCGCUGGAAGUCGUACCCGCAGGUCAUCGAGGACCUCAAGGACAAGGCCAAGCAGCGCGGCCUGUGGCAGCUGUGGAUGAACAAGGCCCAGUACGGCGAGUACGGCGGCAGGCUCAGCAACCUCGAGUACUCGGUCUGCGCCGAGGUCAUGGGCCACGCCAUCCGCAUCGCCCCCGAGGCGACCAACUCGUCGGCUCCCGACACCGGCAACAUGGAGGUCCUCGCGCGCUACGGCAACAAGGAGCAGCAGGCCAAGUGGCUCAAGCCCCUCAUGGAGGGCAAGAUCCGCUCGUCGUUCGCCAUGACCGAGCACGGCGUCGCCUCGUCCGACGCGACCAACAUCCGCACCUCGAUCGUCCUCGACGAGAAGACGAACGAGAUCGUCAUCAACGGCCACAAGUGGUGGAUCUCGGGCGCCGGCGACCCGCGCAACAAGGUCCACCUCGUCAUGGGCAAGUCGGACCCGAAGGCGAGCAAGUACAAGCAGCAGAGCAUCGUCAUUGUCCCGAGCGACACCCCGGGCGUCAAGCUCGUGCGCCCGAUGCAGGUCUUCGGCUACGACGACGCGCCCGAGGGUCACUACGAGGUCCUGUACGAGAACGUGCGCGUGCCGGCGUCCAACAUGGUCCUCGGAUGGGGCCGCGGGUUCGAGAUCAUCCAGGGCCGUCUCGGUCCCGGCCGCCUGCACCACUGCAUGCGCUCGCUCGGCCUCGCGAGUCGCGCGCUCGACCUCGCGCUCCUGCGUGCGACCGACGAGCGCAAGAAGACGUUCGGCAAGAGGCUGUUUGAGCACGGCUCGGUCGUGCGCGAGUUGGCCGAGAGCCGCAUCCAGAUCGACCAGGGCCGGCUCCUCGUCCUCUCGGCGGCGCUCAUCGUCGACCAGCACCCGGAGCGCGCCAAGGGCGCCCUGAGGGAGAUCGGCAUGGCCAAGGCCAUCAUUCCUCGUGCGGUCAACGAGGUCAUCGACCGGGCGAUGCAGCUGCACGGUGCCGAGGGUAUCUGCCAGGACACGCCUCUCGCGCAGAUGUGGGCCGGUGUCCGCACCCUGCGCUACGCCGACGGACCCGACGAGGUCCACCUCGACCAGCUCGGCCGGACCGAGCUCAAGCGCCUCCAGGUCGUCAAGGACAAGUACAACAAGAUCGACAACAAGGAGAAGAACCUCCGGGGGAACAAGCACUCGAAGCUCUGAGGAGCGGCCUCUCUCUCUGUCUUUUUGGGGGCCAGGGCUCUCUCUCUCUCGUGGAAUGCAGUACCCAAUUCUGUG